UUUCCAGCGCCACCAUCAUGCUCUUUGGAGGAUGUGCUUUAAUUCUAAUUCCAAGCGUCUCAACACCAGCUCGCUCUAAUGAAGCUUGCAGAAGUUUUCCUGGAAGAAAUAUUAAUUUCAGCUGGAGCAGGUUUAAAAUAUGCUGCGUCUAUUAUGAAGAUUGUCAGGUAGUGUUUUAAUGAAAUACUGAGGAUACAAUUUUAUAAUGUUUCAACUUUCAC